CAGACGCACUGGCUGGUGAUAAAGUUUACAGUCGCUCUUCACUGUGGGACUUUUAGGAAUUCAAAUUAACCGUCCGAAACUCAAGCUUGCGACUGACAUGGUGCGAUGUUCCGUGAAGCCAUCCAAAACGUGCGCUUUUUUUGGUUCAUUUUGUUUAGUUUUGCAUUUCUGCCUGAGGCUGGCUGCAGGUCAGCCGAUGCAGGCAGCUGUCAUGAGGUGAAGAUCGCCUACAUGAUGCGGCAGAUCGGCCCCGUGGAACUGGUGCCAGAGAGACCCGCUACAGGGGAGCAUCUUCGAGUGUGCGCCCACACCGGGCCCAGCUGCUGUACAAGUAAAAUGGAGGACAGCUACAUGGCAGCUGUUCGUAGCGAGAUGAAGCAUAAGAUGCGAUCCUACAGCUUCGAACUCAAGUACCUGAUUGAAGGACAUAGAAAGGCCUACCAAGAAACCUUCGAGUCGCUUGUGACCUUUACAUCAAAUCUGACGUGCACUCUGUUUGACAGUGCCUACUCUGCUCUCGCCUCAGACUGUCGCCCCCUUGUGUUCCAGCUGUUUAAUGCCAUUAGACGCCACCUAUCAGGAGACGUUAACUCCUCUCUGAACAAUGCAGUGCGCCGAUUUUACAAUGAUCUCUUCCCGCUGGUCUACCGCCGUCUGCUCAACCCUGGGAUCGGCCAUACAUCAGCGAUAUCCCACUUAUCCUUUUCAACCAAUCACGAUGACUGUCUACGGAUGACCCAGCAAGAUGUCAACCCAUUCGGACCCCAUCCGAGACUACUCAUUAACAGCCUGUCUCAUGCUCUUGGACCUGGUCGAGCACUGAGCCGGCUACUGAGGGUGGCUGGGGAGGUUGUGAAUUCAACAGAGAAGGUGACGUUAUCCAGGGAGUGUGGAAGGGGGUUAGUAAAGAUGCAGUACUGUUCGCACUGCAGAGGUCUAACCCUGAUACCACCCUGCACUGGACUGUGCAACAAUGUCAUGAGAGGAUGCCUGGUGGGUAUUUCUGAGCUCGGAGCCUCCUGGGGAAGUUUGGUGGUGUUGCUCCAAAGGUUAGCUGGUACUUUAGCAACCAGCAGCAACCAUAACAGCAUGGAGCUAGCGCUGCUGGCAAUUCGAAACCAUGUGAAUGAUGCAAUACUACAUGCACAGCUCCAUGGUCCACGAAUCACAGCAACAGUAGAAAAGGUUUGCGGGCCCCAAGCUCCAGGUGCCUUGAUAAUGGAUACAAGGUCAUCAAAACUACAUGCUGCUACCUGGGCAACGUUACUCACUUCUAAAAAGUCAGCAGUUACUCUGCCUCCUUCACCUCACCGCUUUUUGCAGCUGCAGACCCAAAAGUCAUUCCCCCUUAAAGGCUCGAGAGGAGAAAAAAGUCGAAACCUGAAAAAAUUAUCAAGGGAGUUUGAGAUCUCCAUCCAGCGGUACCAGUGGUUCCUGUCUGAGCUGCCAGAAUUGCUUUGUGAAAGUGAAAUGGAGGUAGAGCAGCACACAUGCUGGAGUGGUGAAGAUGUUGUAGAAAGUUAUGCAGGUCGUGUAGUUGGCAGCACUUUGAAAGCCCAGAAGGAGAACCCAGAGAUGUCUAUACGUCAUAUAGAUCCUGCCCUCAAAGAGGUGAAACAAAGGCUGGAGCAGCUAACGCAGGAGCUGCUAGUAGAUCUCGGCUGGGCAAGCAAAAAAAGAGAAAAAGGAGAGGAAGCGGAUGGAGGGAGCACACAGACAGAUGGAAGCAGUGGAGACGAUUGUGAUGAUGAGGAUGGCUGUGAAGCAUCUGGUGAGGAGAGCGGUGAUGAUUCUUCAAGUGGUCGUAUUCCAGAAACAAAAGAGAUGGCUUCUCCCUCUCUUCGCCCAGUUUCUCCAGUUCAACAUUCACCUCCAAAGGUGGCAGUCCAAUCCUCAGCCCACAGGACGACCUUUGAACUGUUGACUGUAGUGAUUUCUUUGCUCCUAACGUGUUCAUUGGAACCACUCUGACCACCAAGCGUAAGAGUAGUCGAUGAACAGUCUGGGAAGGUUUAAGGACAGCCACAUGCUGAAAGUUGCGUUGUUCUGAAGUUUAAAAGGUGCAGCUGAAAUGUUCUGAAUGUUUUUGCCAUUGGUGGCCGACAGGAUGGAACAAGCUGCUGAUUUACCACAGCUGCUGGUGCAAAGACCCCCUUUUUUACUAUUAGCUGUCACUGACCUACCUGUGUUUGUGUUGUAAGGUUAUAGAAUAUUAUAGAAUAUUCAGCAUUACUCACAUUUUUGAGAAGAUGUAAAUACAAGUAUAUAUAAAUUAUAUAUUUAUAUUAAAAGAUCCAGUAGGUAAUAGCCUGGGUGUACAUUGCGCUUAUUGUUUUAAAAAAAAAAGGGUUAAACACUUCGAUGG